AUGGUGGUUAAGAAGGUGGGCAGCGGCAUGCGUCCGUGGAGGCGGGUCUUCUCGGUGUUGCGCUCCCAUUCGCUCUUCCUUUACAAGGACAAGCGGGAGGCGGUCCUGCGGGGCGCCACUCUGGGAGGCGAUGCUGACGAGGAGCAGCCAAUCAGCAUCCGGGGCUGCCUGGUGGACAUAGCGUACAGCGAGACCAAGCGUAAGCACGCGCUGCGUCUGACCACUCAGGACUUUUGUGAGUACCUGCUGCAGGCCGAGGACAGAGAGGACAUGCUGGACUGGAUCAAGGUCAUCAGCGAGAACAGCAAGACCGACAAUGAGGAGCUGGGAUUCUCAAGGCAGGCUCUGAUCAGUAAGAAGCUCAAUGACUACAGGAAACAGAGUCCAACAGGCAACAAGCCGGACUCCUCUCCCAGGGUGUCCCGUGCCAAGCCUUCCUUCCUAUAG